AUGCCCCUCUCCUCAUCCCAUUUCUCACUUUCGUCUUCAUUGCAUAUGACCAAAGCUUUACGACAACCUCCUCCAACAUCCUCUUCACCUUCACCAAAAGCUCGAUCAUCAAAAACCAGUAUGGCGAUUCCAUCCAACAUGAUGUUCUCUAAUGAUCCUUCGAAUUCUGCUGGAUCAUCUAGAUCAUCCUCUCUGGCAGGCAGGAAAAGACCCAGAGAAUCGGAUGGGGAUAGUAAAAAUAGGACUCUAUCAAGGCGGACGAAAAGUACUGGUGAUGCAAGGGAUGGUAGAAGUACAAGCUCAAACUCAAAGGAUCGUGAAGCUUUUCAAAGAGGUCUGAUAGCUGUUUUCGUACCUAAAGCAUUACAAGAAUCAAAACAAGGAAAUUUGACACAUUAUAAUGAUUUGUUAUCUCACUUUUUGCCUACCCCAACUAUGCCUAUACCGGCUUUGCCCCCUCUCUUACCCUUGCUUCGUGCUAUAUCCGCUCAUGUCUCCCUACUCUCACCGGAUCUGCAUUCUCCCCUGGUCACUGCGAUCAUCAACUUACCAUGGGCGACAGGAGAUGAAAAAUUCGUCAAGACUUUUGUGGGAUGGGCAGCGGUACUGGUUAGUGCUCAACCAGGUUGGGCAAAGGAAGUCGUCGGAAUGGCAGUAAAAGGUCUCACAUGGCAACCACCUUUCACACCUAUAUCGUCUGCUCCUAUCUCAAGACGAAUAUUCCACGCAAGACACCAUUUAUUACUUUCUCACCUUAUAUCGCUAGUGCCCACUUUACCUAAUGUGUUACAACCUUUGCUCAUUCGGAAUUUCCCAAAUAAACGAGAGCCGGAAAUUGCUCAAACGACUUGGAUAAGGAAUUGUUGUGAACUUAUAGGAUACUGUCCAGAAUUAGGGGGAAGGAUGUGGGGAGAAAUUGUAGAUCGAAUGUUACGGAUAGAUGUCGAAAUCACAAACAGCAUUGAAGAAGAUGAUGACGAUGACUCUGACGCCGAUUCAGACUUCGAAAGUGAUGUUUCUCCAAGCGGUUUUCCCAUACGUCCAUCAUCUUCCUCUGAUCCUCUCGAUCUGCUCAUCUCACAACAACUUCCACGACCACGUACAUUCUCACCUUCACCGGAUAUUGGCGUAGAUGAUGAUGCUUCUGAUGGUGAUCCCGAUCCUGACGAGCUUUCAUCUGACGAUGGUGAUGAUUCCGAAGACGAAGAAGCUAUGAACGCAGCUAAAUUGGCUGCUGCCAAAGCGAAGAAGAGAGAAAAUGUCAAAGCCAUGAGAGAAAAGUUAGACGGAAUGCUGAUUCACUUCUUUGAGCAUCUGGAGGAAUACAUGGGAGCAAAAGAAAAGCAUUUUCCCGCAGCAGAAAUGGCAGCUCAAAACAUCGCUGCUUCCUCAGGAGCUUCUACUCCAACUUCAGAAUACCCUUUACCUAGCUCAUCUACUAUUUCUUCGUCAUUGAUUAAGAGGAACUCACCGACUCCGGCUCAAUCAUUAUCAUAUUUCCAAACACUCCUCAACUUGUUUUCGAGACAAAUACUUCCAACUUCGGCAACGCAGCAUAUACCCUUCCUGUUAUUUCUGACCGCCUCUUUUUCGCCAUCACACACGGACCUAUUUCUCGGACUAUUGGUCUCUCAAGCGUUGUACGCACAGACCACAAGCGCGCCUUCAACUUCUCAGCCUGUCUCUAUGAAUCAACGAAUAGCAGCAACGGUAUACAUCGGUUCUGUAGUUUGUCGAGCAAGAUUUGUUUCGGAUGAUCAAGCCCGCACGGUUCUCACUUAUCUCUUAGCUUAUAUCGACGGAAAGCUACACCAGUCUAGACUAUCCAAGAAGGACCAUAUAGAUGAACUGCCUUUAUUCUACGCUGUGUGUCAAGCUGUAAUGUUAAUCUUCUGUUUCCGAUGGAGGGCAUUCACUUCUUCAGCGGACAAAGAAGGUGAUAAUAUCGUUGGUGAUUUGGAAUUGGAAGGUGAAGAGUUCACUGAUGGUGAAAACGGUGAAGGAAAUGGCAAAUGGAUAAACGAUUUAGAUAUCCUACAAAGAGCUAUAACAAGUGAACUGAAUCCGUUAUUGGGAUGUAAUCCAACUAUCGUAUCAACGUUCGCCAAAGUAGCUCAUCAUACCAACUUCGCUUAUUGUUUCUCUAUCAUCGAAGCGAAUCAACAAUCCUCCCAUCCACCCAGAACCACUUCGUCUCAAAAUCUUACUCUCAAUAACAAUAACCCUUCUUCCACCAAUAACGUGGUUGCUUCGAUCAAGAGGACGAGUUCGAUGAUUGGAUCACAAACUUUACCUAGACAAGCAAGACAGAUGAACAUUGAAUCUGGAUUAGAUUCUUAUUUCCCAUUUGAUCCAUAUGAUUUACCAAGAUCCAAGAAAUUCGUCGAAAGGCUAUAUCGAACUUGGUCAGAAGUUUCGAUCGAUAAUCCCAACGAUGAAUCUGAUUCAGAUGAUUCGGAAGGGAACUCUGCAAACGACGAUGACGACGACGACGAUGAUGAAAGUCAAGAAUCAAGUUUAGAAGAUCACAUGUUAUUCGGUAAAAAUAAGACUUUACCUCUCAAGAUGAAAGUUGGAAGUUAUGGUGAACAUAGAAGAAGAUUACUAGAUAGAAGAGAUAAUGGUUUAUCAAGUUCACUAGAAGGUAUGAGUAUAAGUCCAAGUCUUGGUGUAGGUGUAUUUGGCUCUUAA